AUGGAGGACGAGAAGAAGACUGGUGUCGAGCACCUCGAGGCGAAGGAGACCCACCUCUCCGACAUCGAGGCCGGCACCCACGGCGCGACAAAGUACAAGGCCAACACCCAGAUGGACGACGCCGCGCGUCUGCUCGCCGAGGCCGGCCACGUCGAGUACAGCCUGGACGAGAUGAAGCACGUCCUCCGCCGCAUCGACUUUUACGUCUGUCUGCCCAUGUGCAUUACCUACUUGAUCCAACAGAUGGACAAGUCCUCUGUCAGUUACGCGGCGGUGUUUGAGCUGCAGAAGGAGACUGGCCUGCACGGCUCCCAGUACUCGUGGCUGUCCUCGGUGGUCUACUGCGCGCAGCUCGUCUGCCAGCCGAUUUCUGCCUACGCCCUGAUCGUCUUCCCCGUCAAGUACUGGGUCAUUUUCAACAUGACUGCCUGGUCGAUCUGCACCAUCUGCACCACUGCUGCCCACAACUUCGCCACCUUGCUCGUCUGCCGCAUGCUCCUCGGCGCCUUCGAGGCCACCAUCAUGCCCUCUUUCGUCCUCAUCACCCAGAUGUGGUGGCUCCGUCGCGAGCAGUCGUACCGCACUGUCGCUUACCAGAUCGCCAACUCGUUUGCCGCCAUCAUCGGUCCUCUCAUGUCGUACGGUAUCGGCAAGGCCGUCCAGAACUCGGGCACCAUCAAGGAGUACCAGGGUAUCUUCCUCUUCAUCGGCAGCGUGUCGCUCGCCAUGGUCCCCGUCGUCUACUGGCUCCUCCCCAACUCGCCCACUACCGCCAAGUUCCUCCGCAACGGAAACGACCGUCUCAUUGCCAUUGACCGUCUUCGCGAGAACAACACUGGUACCAAGACCUCCACGUUCAAGUGGGACCAGUUCUGGGAGACGCUGCGUGACCCCAAGACAUACAUGUGGAUGGGUUUCGGUUUCUCGACCUUCAACACCAUUCUUAUGCAGAUCCCCACUGGCUUCAUUGGAAUCUUCGGCCUCCUCUUCUCCAUCUGGCUCACCAACCGCAUCAAGAUGCGCUGGCCCAUCAUUGCCGUCAUCGUUCUCUUCCCUAUUGCCGGUGCCGUCGCCCUCACCCAGGUCAACCACAGCAAGCCCGGAGAGCUCAUGGCCUGUUACUACGUUGCCUACUUCUUCACCAUCAUCCAGCCCCUCCUCAUUUCGUGGUCGAACCUGAACGCUGCCGGUACCACCAAGCGUGUUGUCACCACUGCCAUGAUGUUCGGUGCCCUCACCAUCGGCAACAUUGUCGGUCCUCAGGUCUACCUUGCCGUCGAGGCUCCCUACUACCACACCGGUCUCUACGUCGACAUUGGCUGUUGGUGCGUCGAGUUCAUCCUCGUCGUCACCAUGGGCUUCCACCUCCGACGCCUGAACCGCAAGCAGGAGGCGCGCCGUGUCGCCAUGGGUCUCCCCGCCGACAUCAAGGACAUCUCCCUCAUGUCGCACAACGAGGCUGAGGCCUACAAGGUUGAGCUUGCCGCCCUGCUCGCCAACGCCGGCUUUGACCAGAACCACUUCAACGAGCUCGCGUACGAUGACCUGACCGACUUCAACAACCCCUGGUUCAUGUACGUCCAGUAG